AUGGCGGCUGCGGCGGUGGCGGCGGCGGCGCUGGGGGCGGAGGAACCGGAGCUGAACCUGGAGCUGCUGCCCACCGACCCACUGCUGCUCAUCUUCUCCUUCUUGGACUACCGGGACCUAGUCAGUUGCAGUUGUGUUAGCCGAAGAUUAAACCAACUCUCCAACCAUGAUCCCCUUUGGAGAAGACAUUGCAAAAAGUAUUGGCUUUUAUCAGAGACAGAAAAAACACAGAAGAACAAGAGUUGGAAAUCUCUCUUCAAAGAGACUUAUAUUGAUCUAGGAAGAUACAUUCAACAUUAUGCUACUCUUAAGAAAGCCUGGGAUGAUUUGGAAAGAUACUUGGGGCAGAGGUGUCCAAGGAUGAUCGGAUCUCUGAAAGACAGCGUGGAGGAGCGGGAGCUGGACGCCGUGGAAGCCCAGAUCGGGUGCAAGCUCCCCAAUGACUAUCGCUGCUCCUUCCGGAUCCACAACGGACAGAAGCUGGUGGUUCCUGGGUUGAUGGGCAGCAUGGCCCUCUCCAACCAUUACCGCUCAGAGGACCUGCUGGACAUCGACACGGCCGCCGGAGGAUUCCUGCAGAGGCAGGGCCUAAAGCAUUGUCUUCCCCUCACUUUCUGCAUACACACCGGUUUGAGUCAAUAUAUGGCCCUGGAGAGUGUCGAAGGCCGCAAUAAAUACGAGAUCUUCUAUCAGUGUCCGGUUCCUAAACUGCAGGACCAGAUGGCUCGGAACCCGUCGGCAAUUGAUAUGUUUAUAACAGGUGCUUCCUAUUCUGAAUGGUUUACCUCUUACGUGCACAACGUUGUCACAGGGGGUUACCCCAUCAUCCGAGACCAGAUCUUCAGGUAUGUUCAUGAUAAGGGGUGUGUGGCAACAACUGGAGACAUCACAGUGUCAGUGUCUACAUCCUUCCUGCCAGAGCUCAGUUCUGUCCAUCCACCUCACUAUUUCUUUACUUACCGAAUCAGGAUUGAGAUGUCUAAGGAUGCUCUCCCAGAGAAGACUUGUCAGUUAGACAGCAGAUACUGGAGAAUCACCAAUGCCAAGGGUGAAAUCGAAGAAGUCCAGGGCCCUGGUGUGGUGGGAGAAUUUCCCAUCCUCAGCCCGGGCCGGGUAUAUGAAUAUACCAGCUGUACCACCUUCUCCACCACAUCAGGAUACAUGGAAGGACAUUAUACCUUUCACCUUCUUUACUACAAGGACAGGAUAUUCAACGUGGCCAUUCCCAGGUUUCAUAUGGUGUGUCCCACAUUCAAGGUCUCCACCACCCCAAGGGAAACACACAAUGAGUGUGCCGUGAUCGAGGAAGAUGAGGAGUCCACGGAUUCUGAGAACUUUGAGGACCAGCCCCGGCUCCUGGACUUCUCUCCUCCCACGGGCCACUGUCCUCGGCACACCUGAGCGCCCAGGCUCUUCUGGAGAGUGUAAAUACGGGCUGUUCCGGCACGUCUCCGGGCAGCGGACAGAGCAGCCAAGCUCUGGGGUCCACCAGACACUUUAUCUUAGCAGUUGGUUUGGGUUGUUUGUGUUUUCUGUAUGACGGAGGGGAAGGGAGGGAGGGAGGAAGGGAAGGCCAGGCCUCUUUCCUUUCCUUUUCCUCAUGUCAGAUAGGAAAUUGUCCUCCAGCUGAGGAACUGAUAGUCCUGCCUUGUUGAAAGCAUUUUGUCCUUGUAAUAUUUACAGAAGCUGGCUGUGUGUGGGGUGGGGGGUGGCGGAUGGCAGGGAGGGUGGCUUUCUACAACCAUUGCUGCUAAUGGAGCAGCAGUCAGGAUAGGGGAGACUCUCGGCUUGAGCAGCCUACCAGCUUCCUUCAGUCCUUGGGUUAUCCUUUCCUGCCAUUAUGAGUCAUCUAUGGAGGAACUGAACUACUUGCAAGUAGGCCUUGGGAGCCAGGGAAUCCAUCAGAAAGCACCCUGUCCAUCCAUUUUAUACCCACUGGAGACACCUGGGACCUCUCAUGGUUGACGUCAGUGACCUGGCAACUCAAAAUGGUCUUUUUUCUCUUUGAAGACAAUCCAUCCUUGAAUUUAUUUUAGAUUAAAAAAACCUUUUAACAUAGCAGUAAUUUUGAAAUGUGGUAUAUUAAAGCACAUGCCAUGUUGAUUACUACUAACUGGAGUAGUCUUGGCAAUGACUUACACGGCAUAUGCAUUUGUAAAUACAAUUUCUGAUUUUUUUCUGCUUUAUACGCUUUGUCUUAACUUUGUGAUAAGUGACAUGAAUUUUAUGUUAAGACUAAAUUUGUUUUCCUGAUGGGUUUUUGUAAUGAUCAGAUUCUGAAUUUGGAAUGAAAUCUUCCAGGUAUUUAAAAUCACAUAUUUAAAAGUAA